AUGCGUCUUUCAACAAUCUCCCUCCUGGCUCUCACUUCCUCGGUCCUCGCAGCAGAAGUCAAGAUUGAUGUCAUCAAAGCCGUAGAAUGUGAGCGCAAAACUCAAGUGGGUGAUAAGAUUCAUGUUCAUUAUCGAGGAAAUUUGGAGGAAGAUGGAAAGGUGGGAAAAGAAUUCGAUGCUUCUUACAAUCGUGGAUCUCCAUUGAGUUUUGUAGUUGGAAAGGGAAGUGUUAUUAAAGGAUGGGAUGACAACCUUCUCGAUAUGUGUAUUGGUGAAAAGAGAGUUUUGACCAUUCCUCCCGAGUUUGGUUAUGGUGAUAGAGCUAUGGGUCCAAUUCCAGCCAAGAGUACAUUGAUCUUCGAAACCGAACUCAUGGGAAUUGACGGUGUCCCCAAACCCGAAACCAUUAUUGAAAAGACCUCCUCCUCUUCAUCCGAUAAAGUCGAUAGCGCCACCGAUAGCGCAUCAUCACUCUCGGAUAAAGCUACCGAAAAAGCUACCGAAGCAGCAUCAGGAGGUGUGAAAAGUGUCAUUUCCGAAGCCGCAGAGGCGGUCAAGACGGCUCUUGCUGAUUCUGAUGGUGAUGGACAGGAGCACAACGAGUUGUAGAUGAUUCAAUUGAUGGGAAAGAAAAUGGAAAUGCGCAAAGGGUUUUGAAACAUGGUCAUGAAGCCCCGCAUAGUAAUGGUCAUGAAUUGUGAGGAUGGCUGGUGGAUUGCUAGUGGUAUGGUAAUUAUG